GACCUCCAUGUCAGGGUCCAAAGCAGGGCUGCUCUUCUCUUGCGGUGCUUUGGGAUUUGUGGAAUGGGAAGUGCAGAGUUCCUGGACCGGAUGUGGAGUUACUGCUGUAGCGUACAGCUCCCCCCCCCCUCCCCGUACUGACACAUAGCUGGCUUGCGACUGCACGAGUCCACAUCUGGAGAAGACAGGACAAACAUUUUGACGUUUGGAUAACUCGCUGUCUCCGUCUAUCUUCUGGUGACACAAAUCCCUUCAUAAGUGCGAGUAGAUCUAACCCGGAUACAGGUAAUGACUCACUUCAGGACUCUCCUGUCAGCCCUGCUGCUGGUGUUGUCUGUGUCUGAGCCUCUGACCAGCCCUGAGGAAAAUGAAGUCCUGAAACACACAGAGGUGGAGCUCACCAAGAGUCAGGUGACUGAGAAUGCCAUUGGAAACCUCAGCGAGACGACACCGAGCCACACACCGACUACAGCAGCUCCCUUGACUACCACAGUUUCCCCGAGCCCCAGUCUUGCUCCUCAGUGUCUGGGAAACCAGGUGAUGCUGGAGAGCAGCACAGGCUGCAGCUGUCCAUCUGGCAUGGUGAGGGAUGGUGACAACUGUACCUGCCCUGUGGGCUUCACUCUGGAGGGGGCUGCAGGGUGUAAAGAUGUUGAUGAAUGUGAAGGAGAGGGGCCAGCACCAUGUGGUCUCCAUGCCCGCUGCACUAAUACCCCCGGCUCUUACUUAUGUAGCUGUCUCCGUGGUUACCUGAUGGGUGCUGGAGGGUGCAAGGAUAUAGACGAGUGUGCUCUGGCUGCAGUGACGGGCCUGCAGGCCUGUCAGGGUGAUGCUGAAUGCAAAAACACCCCUGGCUCCUUCACCUGCUCAUGCCCUUCAGGAUAUGUAAUGGCUCUUAAUGGACAAAGCUGUGUAGAUGUGGAUGAGUGCAGCUUCGAGGAGCAGUGUCGCCGUGAGCUAGGAAAUGUGUGUGUGAACACUCCCGGCAGCUUUGUGUGCCAGUGCCAGCCAGGCUUCAGAGCAGAGGCCCUUGCCUGUAUUGGUCCUGUGUGUCCGGACUACACCGUGUGUCACGAUGUGGAUGAAUGUACGGAGAGUCCUGCAGUGUGUGAUGGUCAGGGUGUGUGUGACAACACGCUUGGGAGCUACAAGUGUGUUUGUCGACCAGGUUACCGGGGAAACGGCACACACUGCGAAGAUGAGAAUGAAUGUGCAUCAGGUGGUCACGGGUGUGACACCAACGCUCGUUGUGGCAACAUCAUUGGCUCUUAUUUCUGCCAAUGCUACCAGGGCUUCAAUGGAGAUGGACACUCUUGUUUUGACAUUGAUGAGUGUGCUCUAAACAACGGCCACUGUCAACACAACUGCUCCAACGAACCAGGAGGGUACAGCUGCCAUUGUGCCCCAGGCUACCAGCUGGACCAGGAUGGACUCAACUGCACAGAUGUGGAUGAAUGUUUGGCACUUAAUGGGACCUGCAAGCACAUUUGCGUCAACACUCAGGGAUCUUUCCAGUGCUCCUGCAGGCCCGGCUACCAGCUGCACAUUGAUGGCCACACCUGUGUGGACAUUGAUGAAUGUAAACUCCAGAGUGGCGGCUGCUCUCACACCUGCACCAACACUCCAGGAGGACACACUUGCCACUGCCCUCCUCCUCUGCUGCUAGACACAGACAACCUCACCUGCAGCAAUGUUACAUCCUGCAAGCUGAGAAAUGGUGGUUGCGACCAUAUCUGUAGCGUGAGGGCUGAGGGCCAGGUCCAGUGUAGCUGUCGAGCAGGCUGGAAGUUGGGCGAGGACCAGAGGAGCUGCGUGGAUGUGAACGAGUGUGGGGACUUUACAAACGGAGGCUGUGAGCAUCUCUGUGUGAACCAUCCUGGUGGGUUUAACUGUGCCUGCAGGAAGGGGUAUGAAGUGCGAACUGAUGACCUCACCAAGUGCCAGCCUGUGUGUAACCCACGCUGUCAGAACUAUGGAGUGUGUGUGGCCCCAAACAGCUGUGACUGCCCUCCAGGCUACCCUGGACUUGGAUGCUCAGCCAUGUGCUCCCCACCCUGUGCCCAUGGAGGCAGCUGUAUGCGCUGGAACAAGUGUCUAUGUCCUCCUGGCUGGACCGGAGCAGGCUGCCACACAGCGGUGUGUGAGCUGCCCUGUGCUAACGGUGGUCGCUGCGUGGGGCCUGAUACCUGUCAGUGUCCCUCUGACUACACCGGCCCCCAGUGCCUCUUGCCCUUGUGCACUCCUGCCUGCCAAAAUGGAGGAAGAUGUGCAGAUGUCGACAAAUGCACAUGUGUUGGUGGAUGGCAAGGAGCUCGUUGCCAGAUAGAGCCUGUUCAGUGUCAGACACCUUGUAAGAAUGGUGGAGUGUGUGUGGGCCUCAACAGGUGCCGCUGCGAAAAAGGAUUUACCGGAAGUCUCUGUGAAACGGCAGUGACCACCCCGUGUGUGCCGCCCUGCCAACACGGGGCCACAUGCAGUCCUCACAACACCUGUACCUGUCCUGAGGGCACUGCAGGCCUGCGCUGUGAGAGACUGACGUGCCCUGUGGUCACCACGGUGGUCAGCAUGGCUCGAGCCGUCCGAAAGGCCUUUAGGGAGAGUUACGUGGACCGCUGUGGACCCCUGGGAGUUCAACUUUGCACUAAAUACAGGAUGAACCAGGCCCGAGUGUACCUGCAGGCAUACAGGGUGGGCUACAAAAUCCAGUGUCCAGAGAGGAAGGGCAGAUGAGCAAUGUUAUAUAAAAGCUCAUUGUCAUUAAAACAACAUCACCCAACAUAUAACAUUUUGUGCAACACAGCAAGAGCUAAAAUGAGACAAGCUGUAAAAUGAAAUGUAACUGAAUAAGUGAGAGGGCGUCUCUGAGGGCAGCCUCUAUGUUGAAAUAUAUAGGGGAAAUGUAUCAUAAAGGCUGUUAUUUGAUCUGUGAUCUAUGUUGACAAACAAUUAUCUUUAAUCAGUUCUGUACACAGUCAUACGUUUACAUUUCAUGAGAAAUAUUCCUCAGUAUAUAAAAUGUGCAAUGGUUUCAUUAUUUGUCAUGUUUGUAUAUGGCAGCUGAAAGUUAUUAAACGUUCUCUUUUUACAAAAUGGUGUCAAUAUUGUGAACUCUUGUCAAUGAUUGUCUAAUAAAAAUGACUGUAAUAAUG